UCGGAACUACUCUCAUGUUAUGUUAUUGUCGGCUGAGCUGUUGUUAUUUUGCGUCGAACUUCGGAAGUGAGCGGACGUGUGUCGGCGGCGUGAGAAGGCAAUCGUCGCGUAUUUAGCACCAACGAAAACAAUAAUCAAAGUGAAUCCGACUGUGAGUGGGUGUGUUUUUUAGUGUUAAGUGCUAGCCGCAAUGAUUGUGUCAAAGAAAUCGAGAGGUCGGCAUUUGAAACCCACGAAAUGGCAGAUGGCGCAUCGAAACGUGCUCAACAUUUGCCGCCUAACGGGCCGUCGUCGCUGCGGCAGACGUGCAGUCAGUUGUUAUCAUUUCUUCAGGCACAGCCGCGGCUUCUUCUGGUUCAUUCUCUGCAAUUUGUUGCUCACAGCAAACAACAGUGAUGCCCAACUGCUGAUAAAUGUGCAAAAUCAGGGUGGCGAAGUGAUACAGGAGAGCAUUACGUCCAAUAUUGGCGAGGAUUUGAUUACCCUGGAGUUUCAGAAGACAGACGGCACUCUCAUCACGCAGCUCAUCGACUUUCGCAAUGAGGUUCAAAUCCUCAAGGCUUUGGUGCUGGGCGAGGAGGAGCGCGGCCAGAGCCAGUAUCAGGUGAUGUGCUUUGCCACCAAAUUCAACAAGGGCGACUUCAUCUCCUCGGACGCCAUGGCGAAGCUGCGUCAGAAGAAUCCACACACGAUUCGCACGCCCGAGGAGGACAAAGGUCGCGAGACUUACACGAUGAGCGGCUGGGUCCAGCUGAACCGCUCGCUGCCCAUCACACGGCACCUGCAGACGCUGUGCGCCGAGGCCACCGACGCCACCUACGUGCGGGACGUGGACCUGAAGGCGUGGGCGGAGCUGCCAGGCUCCUCGAUUUCGAGCCUGGAGGCAGCGACCGAAAAAUUCCCGGACGCCCUCUCCACGCGCUGCAACGAGGUGAGCAGCCUGUGGGCGCCCUGCCUCUGUACGCUGGAGACCUGCAUCGGCUGGUAUCCGUGCGGGCUGAAGUACUGCAAGGGCAAGAGUCUGGGCAGCGACACAUCCGGCGCCCAGGCGCAGCAGCAGCAGCAAACGAAUUAUCGCUGCGGCAUCAAGACCUGCCGCAAGUGCACACAGUUCACCUAUUAUGUGCGACAGAAACAGCAGUGCCUCUGGGAUGAAUGACGACGCGGCGAGCUGCAGAUGCUGCAGAUGCAGAUGCAGAUGCGCUGCGCCCGGCAGGCUGCGACAGCGGCGGCGGCGUGCGAUGCGGCAGCAACAGAAACAACAGCAAAGACAAUAACAGCAGCAACAGUAACAGCAACAGCAACAAAAACUAAAGCAACAGMAACAGCAACUGCAACAACAACGACGAGCAGAGUGACAACGACCAACAAAUUACGCCAACUGCUAUUGUUGGUGCAACAGCAGAUGCCUUUUGCACUGUGGAGCUUUCCGGUCCAUCACAUUUCCCAUCAUCCAGCACACACACAGACAGAUACACAUACACUUACUCAGGCUCAUGCUCAUGCUCGGAGCCACACUCAGGGGCAUCAACAGGAGCCGCUGUCAUCUCAUCGUCCAUCCACAAUGGCCGCCAAUGUGGCGUGAUAAUGCGCCAGCAACUCGGACAGAGAUAUCCAUUAAACACAUAUUCACCCAUCUGCCCCAGGAACUCAUCCCACUUGACAUUCGUUUCUCUUACUUUGCAUUGUUUUCUACUCAUGUAUGGACUGUAUAUAUGUAACUAUAUGAUUAGAAAUAUUGCCAAGCUACACUACGCUUAAUGCCGCUUAGGUUAGAUACAACAUUUAUGAUAAUACGCAGGGCAAAACCUUGGUUGAGCUGCAAAAGACAACAAACUAAAAAAAAAAAAA